CCGUGGCCAAUGUCGGCGUCAGAGAUCGCCGGUGAAAUGAAUGAUUUGUGCCUCUCCUCUUGGUUUUGCGCCAUUGUGGCUUUCUGCGCCAGUUGGAGCGACGGACUAGCAUGCUAAUGCUAACUACCGGAAGAAGUGUGUCGCUUUACGUGUGCGCCGUUCCGGAUGGUGAAUCCCUGUGGUAAAUGUAGCAGCCCGGAGUUAGCUCGGCGUGUCGUGGUUUGGUGACAUGUCCCGGACACCGGAAGGAGUGAAGACGGAGAACGACCACAUCAACCUCAAGGUGGCUGGUCAGGACGGGUCGGUGGUUCAGUUCAAGAUCAAGAGGCACACUCCGCUCAGCAAACUCAUGAAGGCGUACUGCGAACGACAGGGACUGUCGAUUCGUCAGAUACGCUUUAGGUUCGACGGACAGCCCAUCAAUGAAACGGACACACCUGCACAGCUGGAGAUGGAGGACGAAGACACUAUUGAUGUAUUUCAACAACAGACAGGAGGCGGCUGUUCUUAAGUGUGAUGUGGACUCUUGGAAGAACAUCCACGCCAAUUUUUUUCAUGUAUUUGUUUAUUUUUUGUUUUUAAUUUUCUUUUUCUUUUUUCCCACUGUUCUUUGCUAAAUGUCAGGCUGUUCACAACAUUAGGACUUUUUUCAUUGGAAGCCAAAUCAUGACUUUAAGGUGUUUUAUUCAGGAAAUUGGUGAUUACAAAUUGUCUCCAACAUCUCAAAUCUGAUAUGGCGUGUAAUGAAAAAAAACCUGUGUUCUUCUGAUGUUAAGAUGACAUGACAUCCUGCAUGUCACAAAUCAACCAAAAUCUUCAUAUCUUUUCUUGUACACAUUCAAAUUCAGGAUGGGCUCAUUUUUAAUUAAUAUUCUUGAUGAAAACUGCUGCAUUGGAGCCAUGGGUUCAUGUCUCCAUAGAUGGGAACGUCUUUAUGACUUAUUUCUAAUGUAAUUAACUUUUAGUAGGUUUUUUUUUGUUUUUUUUUUAGAAACAAAAUGAUUUCAUGUAUCAUGCCCAUUUACCUUCUACAUUUUUUCCUGAUAAGAAAAAAAAAAUGCUUGUACCGAGAAAGAUCCACAUGGAUGGUUUACCUCAAUGCUGUCACACUCUACACAGAUUUAACUGAAUGCUAAUCAAAGUACGGUUAUGUUUCUGGACCAAAAAUGCAAAGUAAGUAAUGCUUUCAUGAAAGGGUUUAGUUAACAAAGGAUGUAGAUGCAAAGGGUUUCUGUCGCUCUGCAACAGUGGUCUUCUCCCACCUUUUCAGGACCUCUAGAAUAUACCGUGAACAUGUCCCCUUUAGCUCUCCAUCUAAGGUUAUAUAUUUCAGUGUAUAAAUAUUGAGUCGUUCCUCUAAAAUCUAUCCAUAUUAUCAACAGGUUAGUUUGUUGGACUCGUGGGUUGGUAGAAAUCCUGUUUUUGUAAGAAUAUCCACUUCCAUUUUAAAUCUUUUUGUUUUCGUUUUAGAUUUGCAGGGUGACCGUGGCAGAUACUUUACUUUUUUUUUUCUUUGAUUUGUACAUUACUUGUUGUCCCUAUACUGUAUACAAUAAAUAUAGUUUGAUACUCAG